GUUUAUACCUAAUGUUCCUUCUCUGAGUGAUUUUUCAGGACAUUUUUAUAUUUUGUGCAUAGGUUGAGCAUGUUAGAGCUGAAAGAAAUCUUCUCGCUGAAGUGGAUCACCACUGCAUUGUCAAACUAUACUGCUCAUUCCAGGACAGUGAGUAUCUGUAUCUAAUCAUGGAGUACCUCCCUGGAGGUGACAUGAUGACACUGCUCAUGAGGAAAGACACAUUGACUGAAGAUGAGGCUAGGUUCUAUGUUGGUGAGACAGUUCUUGCGAUCGAAGCGAUCCACAAGCACAACUACAUCCACAGAGAUAUCAAGCCUGAUAACCUGCUACUGGAUAAGCAUGGUCACUUGAGAUUGUCAGAUUUUGGGUUGUGCAAACCGCUAGACUAUUCCAACUUCCCAGACCUGAAUGAAAAGGAUGUUACACCUACAAAAUCAUCAUCGACGCAAGGGGAUGGGAAACAACAGUCGAUGCCAAAGCGCUCGCAGCAAGAACAGUUGGAGCACUGGCAAAAGAAUAGAAGAACUUUGGCAUAUUCAACUGUUGGUACACCAGACUACAUUGCUCCAGAAGUUCUUCUGAAGAAAGGGUAUGGGAUGGAGUGUGAUUGGUGGUCUCUUGGUGCUAUCAUGUAUGAGAUGCUAGUGGGCUAUCCUCCAUUUUAUUCAGAUGAGCCCAUGACAACUUGUAGAAAGAUAGUGAACUGGAGAACACAUUUGAAAUUUCCUGAAGAAGCGAGCCUAACAGCAGAUGCAAAAGAUCUUAUAAGUAAACUACUAUGCAAUGUCGACCAACGCAUCGGUACAAAAGGUGCAGAGGAAAUAAAGGAACACCCCUGGUUUAGUGAAGUAGAAUGGGACAAACUAUACGAGAUAGAAGCUGCGUAUCUGCCUCAAGUCACAGAUGAGUUGGACACCCAGAACUUUGAGAAAUUUGAAGAGUCCUCAGAUAAUGUUCAGUGUUCAGCAAAGGCAGGCCCUUGGAGAAAGAUGCUUUCUUCAAAGGAUUUGAAUUUCGUGGGCUACACCUACAAGAACUUUGAACUUGUGAAUGAUCAUGACGUCCCCGGCAUGGCCGAGCUGAAGAAGAAGGAGAAGGCAAAGAGACCAAGCGUCAAAUCUCUCUUUGAUUCACCUGAAGGAGAGGAUCAGGAUCACCAGGAGCAGGAACAGGAGCAAGAGCAGCAACAUGACGAAGACGCCGCCGAAGGAAGCGUGAGGAAACCGGCGGAGGAGCCAGAGCUGACCAGAAGCCUCAGCUCCGGGUCCACAUGAAACGUCAAUUCCCCUAACACCAGAUAUCAGACACGAUCCCAGUUGAGAGGGAUGGCUUAUUGGCUUGGACUUGCAUUCGUUCGUGUACAGAAGCAACGUGCGUGCGUGGCUGUGGGCGCAAUUCGAUUCGUCGGUAGAGUUCAGUGGUUAUAUCUGUCAGGACUCAGGAGGAGAGCUGGAGAGGGAAGGGAAACCGUGUUGUAUUCUUUUUUUGAUUGCACACUCGUCGAUCGUGCUGGGAAUAAGUGAUUUAAGACAGUGUGUCCGUGCGAAAUGUAUACAGCUAUAUAAUCUCUAAUAAUUUUC